CACGGUAAAAACAAUUCUAUUCAUGUAGAUUACGCCGUAAACUAAUAUUAACAGAUGAUUCAACCUGUGGUCAGAAAACACAACACGGGAAAAUAGCGACAGCGAUGUGCAACACAAUAGCGGGGAAGCGGCACAACAACAAGCACAAAGCAGUGACAAGAAAGGUAAGCAGGGUAUGUGCAAAAUGUGAGGACAAAAUGACAUGAUGAGCAACAAUAUGCAUCCAAUUGAGAAUAGCUAAUCCUGUAUUGAACGACUAUACUUACCAUCCGUUUUUAGCUGGUCGCAUUCUGACUGCAUUCUGGAUGAUGCAUGGGGUGAUAACAUACCUGAAUCAAAGACAGUCGAAGACUCAUGGAAUCUGCCGAGGAAGUAGGAGUAGGCAAUGGCACGGGUAUGGGUAACCCGUGCGGGCAGAACGCUGGGGGUUAUGGCAAUGCCCCUGGGAUAUACACCGAUGCCCAUAUGAACGGAUGGAAAAUGGUUAAGCAGUUCGCGGCGAGGGCUCUUUCAUUUUCCUACAACUCUGGGCACUCGGUCGUGCCGCAGAAACAGUCAGUUCUUGCCAAAGAGAACAAUAGUCCCUACGUCAGUCCCUCACCCAUCCCCUUCCGGGAAGAACAGAAGUGCCACGCGCGCUCACCACGGAUGAAAUUAAAGAGUGUGUUGCCACUUCACGGCGCGAACGGUUGCUUGAUCGACCAGUUCAUACAAGACGUUACUAACCAACGUACAGACGAAUACGGCGCAAGCAUCGAGAAUCGCGCAAGGUUUAUACUCGAAGUAAUAGAUACCGCUGUGGAAGCUGUUGGUGCUGAGAGGACGGGGUUCCGAAUAAGCCCGUGGGGCGUAUACAGCGGUAUGGGCAUGGUAGACCCCAAACCCCAGUUCUCCUACGUGGUUGAGCAGCUGCGUAAACACAAACUCGCGUAUAUCCACGUCGUGGAGCCGAUACCUGCCGAAAUCACUGCUGAAGAAGAUAGCGAUUUCCUCCGUGAUAUCUGGCAAGGGCCCGAUCUGCCAAUCCGCCUGCUGAAGGACAUCGCACUUGGGCGGGGUGACCAAGCAACAUAG